AGCAAAAUAAACUUUUAAGUGUUUUGAUGUUUAAUAUUCAUCAUGGAAAUUUAAAAUGCUUCUUAUACACAUUUGCUAUAAAACGCUCAGCGAAAAAUAAUGAAUUAAAAUACCCAAUUUUUAUAUUUAACUGAGUAAAAAUUUAAUUGGUGAAUAGUUCUUAAACAAUAUAGGUUAUGUAUCUAGAAAUUGAAUGAUCCUGAAUUGCCUCAAUAUUAUCUCUCUGGCAUUCUGGUAUCAAAAUGGCUCAUUUUUUUAUUCUUAGUCAGAUGUUCAACACUAAAAUAUAUAUUAUUCGUGAAAUGUAUUAACAAUUAUUCACCGUAUGUGAGAUAUGACGAAAAAUUAUUCGCAGUCAUUGUCACUUGUUCAUUAAUUGUGACAAGAUAAUAUGCUUAUUCCAGCUCAGCUUUGUUUCCCAUGUAGUAAUGAUUUAUUGAACUUUAACACAGCAUAUCUUUAAACCCUGAAUAUAAAUUGAGAAUGAAUGUACUAUUUAUCUCUGAUGUUUGGCUAAAAGAUGUUGAUAUUCUCAUAGAGAGCUCAUGUAUUAAAAAGCAUCGUAAGAGUUUGUCACUGUCAUGAGUCUGGAAAAUGCUAUGAAAAAAAUGUAAAAAGCAAUAAGUGGAAAUUAUAUUAUUUAUGCAUGUGAAUGCAGUUUAAAUUUUGCUUCAUACAUUCAUGCAUUGUAAUGAACCUGAUGGCACAAGGAAAAUGAAUGAUGCAGAAUCAAGGAUUCAUGAAAGAAAGUACUAUGUAUUAAUUGAAAGGCUAAAAAAAAAUAUAAUGUUAGCAUUGUAUACAUCAAAUUAUUUCUAUAAAGCAUAGUAAUAGUUGUUGAUGAAAAAUGCAGUAUUUCAUGCAUGAGAAAACAGAAUCCUUUUAUGUGUGUCAAUAAAUUAUUGAAAAUGUGUGCUUGCAAAAAUUGAAGCUUGAAAUCCAUUAAUUUAAAUUAUAAUCCAAAUUCUCUUAAAUAUAGCUUAAAAAAUUCAUUUGCACAUAGAAGUAUUGCAAAUUAUAAAUUACUUCUCUGCAACAAAAAGUUAUACAUUUAUACAUAUAUAUAGUGCAAAUGUUAAAAAUUUCAUGUGAAAUAGCCAAAUGAAUAGGACAACAAAGAAAUACCAUACCAAAUGUAUGAUUUAUAAACCAACAUGUGAAAGAAGUGUGGUAUACAUAUAAAUAAUUUCAACAACAGCACAUUUGGGAGACAUGCAUACAACCAAUGAUAAGGAAUCAUAUGAAUACAACAUAUCAUUUGCAGAUAAAGUCAAGUCAAAGAAACAUAUGCCAAAUCACAUACGCCCAAGACCACAUGUAUGCCAUGUAUGUUCUAAAUCGUUUGAACACAAAUGUUAUUUAAAUAGACAUAUGCUUGCCCACAAUUCUGAGAAAACAUAUAGUUGUAAUGUAUGUAGCAAAUCAUUUGUACACAUAUAUAGCUUAAUGAGACAUGUGCUGGUUCACACUGGAGAUAAACCAUAUCAGUGUAAUGACUGCAGUCUGUCAUUUGCAUGCAAAGAAACAUUAAACAGACAUAUGGUUGAGCACACUGGAGAAAAUACAUAUAAAUGUGAUGUAUGUAGCAAAUCAUUUGCACAUAAAUGUAGCUUAAUGAGACAUGUGCAAAUCCACACUGGGGAGAAACCUUAUCAGUGUAACAUGUGUAAUAUGUCAUUUACUUGCAAAGUAGCUUUAAACAGACACGUGGUUCACCAUACUGGAGAAAAACCAUAUAAAUGUGAUGUAUGUAGCAAAUCAUUUGCCGAAAAAUAUUAUUUAAAUGCACAUAUGAUUAUUCACAUUGGUAAAAAACCACAUGAAUGCAAUGUAUGUAAUAAGUCAUUUGCAAGAAAAGGUCAUUUAAAAGCACAUAUGGUUACCCAUAUGGAUGAUAAAAAUGAGCAAUCACACCAGUGUGAUGUGUGUAGUAAGUCAUUUACAUGCAAAAAUACAUUAAUGAUACACAUGCGUAUCCACACUACUGAGAAGACAUUUCAAUGCGGUAUAUGUAGCAAACUGUUUGCACAUAAAGAGCUCUUAGCUGAGCAUGUGCAUAUUCACACUAGAGAAAAAACAUAUAAAUGUAAUGCAUGUAGCAGAGUAUUUACAAGGAAAAAUCACUUAAAUUCACAUGUGUGCAUCCACAGUAAUGGGAAGUCACAUGAGUGCAAUGUAUGUAACAGAUCAUUUGUAUGCAAAAGUGGUUUAAAAAGGCAUAUGUUUAUUCAUACUCGUGAAACAAAAAAAGUACAUGAAUGUGAUAUAUGUAAUAAAACAUUUGGAUACAGAAGUGUAUUAAAGAAACAUAUGACUACACACAGUGGGGAUAAACCAUAUAAAUGUGCUAUGUGCCCCAAAUCAUAUGUACAAAUACAUGAUUUAAAUACGCAUAUGCUUAUGCACAGUGGUGAAAAACCAUACAAAUGUGAUAUAUGUAGUAAGUCAUUUGCUGAUAAAUAUUAUUUAAAUACACACAUGAUUAUCCACAUACGUGGAAAACCACAUGAAUGUAACAUAUGUAACAAGGCAUUUGCAAGAAAAGGUCACUUAAAGGAACACAUGCGUAUCCACACUGGUGAAAAACCACAUGGAUGUGAUGUGUGCAGUAAAUCAUUUUCAAAGAAAAGUAUCUUGGAUACACAUAUGCUUAGCCAUACCGGUGAGAAACCUUAUGUGUGUGAUAUAUGUUCGAAAUCAUUUACACAAAAACGUAACCUAAGUGUACAUAUGCUUAGCCAUACUAGUGAAAAUCAGAGAAAUUAGAAGCCUAGAAUCAGUCUGUUGCAUGCUGAGGACAUAUGGUUGAACAUAUUAAUGAAAAAUUGUAGGAGUGCAAUAUAUUGUUGCUUUAAGGUGUAAAAUCUGUCUAAGAUGAAAGAAGCUGAAACUAAAAAACAUGAAUAUGCCUAUAUUAUGAAAUGUAUUUUGAUUUUCCAAAAGUAAUAUAAAGAUGAUAAAAAAAAACA